AUGUACAGCUCGGCCUACACUCCAAGUGGCACACGCAAUUUGCUUGAGCCGGCCAUUCAGGUCAUACAUGCAGAUGACAAUCCCUCGUUGGAUCUUAAGUAUAUUCGUCACGAACAAACAUCGAAUGGGCCUGAUGUCGUACUGACAACAGUUCACCUCAAAGAUCCUGAGUAUCCGUUCGAGGUGACGCUGCACUACAAGGCGUACCAGCACGAAAAUGUCAUUGAGCAGUGGACGAGCAUCAAACACACCGAGCCAAAGGCCAUUCGCAUGCAGAAAUACGCUUCGGCCAAUCUCUAUUUAUCUUCGGCACACAACUAUUAUCUGACCCAUUUUCAUGGCGACUGGGCACGCGAAAUGAAUGCUGAACAGAUACAACUGAGCGCUGGUUUAAAAGUGCUUGAUACUAAGCUGGGUACUCGUGCUGAUUUGUUUCAAGCGCCUUCCUUUUUUCUAUCACUAAAUCAGCCAAGUGAUGAAGACCAUGGCGAGGUACUCUUCGGCACACUCGCAUGGUCAGGCAACUAUCAGUUACAGUUUGAAAUCGACCCACUUCGCAAUUUACGGAUCAUUGCUGGCAUCAAUCCCUAUGCAUCGGAGUAUAUAUUGCCACCAGACACCGAGUUCAUCACACCUAGUUUUCUUCUCACCUAUUCAAACCACGGUCUCGGCAGGGCUAGUCAGAACCUGCAUCGUUGGGCAAGGAAAUACCGCAUUCCCCACGGCGAAGGCAAUCGGCUAACAUUGCUCAAUAAUUGGGAGGCCACGUAUUUCGAUUUCAAUGAAGACAAUCUGACAAUGUUGUUUGAGGACGGUAAGAAAUUGGGCGUUGAUCUGUUUCUACUUGACGACGGUUGGUUUGGUAAUAAAUAUCCACGCAAUGACGACCGUGCGGGCUUGGGUGACUGGCAGGAAAAUACCGAAAAACUACCACACGGUAUUGCUUACUUAGUUAGAAAAGCAGAGGAAAUCGGAAUCAAAUUUGGUAUUUGGCUAGAGCCGGAAAUGGUUAGUCCGAAAAGUGAACUGUAUGAGAAUCACUCUGAUUGGGUUAUCAAAGCGCCGAAUCGAGCGGAAUAUUACUAUCGAAAUCAGCUCGUACUCGACAUGUCCAACCCAGAGGUGCAGAACUUCGUCUACUCUGUUGUCGACGGCAUGCUAAGUAAACAUCCAACACUCGGAUACAUCAAAUGGGAUUGCAAUGCAGUCAUUUACAAUGCCUACUCGGCAACAAAUCCCCAUCAGUCUCACGUUUAUGUCGAAUACGUACAAGGUCUAUACAAGGUUUUGGAUCGUCUUCGUAUCAAAUAUCCCGAUCUGCCAAUGAUGCUGUGUUCGGGUGGGGGAGCACGUGUCGAUUAUGGCGCCCUACGCUAUUUCACCGAAUUCUGGCCUAGUGACAACACUGACGGACUAGAACGUGUCUUCAUUCAGUGGAAUUAUUCCUUCUUUUAUCCUGCAAUUGCCACGUGUAGCCACGUUACUAAUUGGGGAACACAACCGUUGAAAUUUCGAACUGAUGUGGCCAUGAUGGGCAAAAUGGGUUACGAUAUUGUGUUGAGCAAGCUUGAUGCAAAUGAGCUAGCAUUCAGUCAGCAGGCACUCAAACUCUACGCUCGUAUCAAAAAUAUAAUUUGGCUUGGCGACGUGUUCCGACUUGUGUCACCCUUCGAGAUAAACAAUGACAUUGCCUCGUUAAUGUACGUCAGUGAGAACCAGGACAGAGCAGUUUGGUUUACCUAUCUGGUUAGCAAACGGUAUAGGGCCGGCACGACGGGCCCCAUUCGAUUGAAAGGUCUUGAUUCCGGCAAGAAGUAUGCACUUCAAGAGAUUAACGUUUAUCCGGGGACAGACAACUCGAGUGUCCUCACCGAGAAGAAUAUAUCUGGUGACUAUCUCAUGACAUUUGGAUUCAAUCCAGUUGUGGAUGAGCGACGAACAAGUGUCAUACUAGAACUAACGGAAAUACGUUAA